GCCCGCGGCGGGGACGGACGGGCGGCGGAGCGGCGGGGCAGGGCCGGGCGCGGCUCCCCCGGCCCGUGCGGCUCCCCGGGCGCCUGGCGGGACGGACCCCGCGUCCUCCGCCUCGUCUGUGCGGGCCGUCCCCGCCCUGCCCUGCCUUGGGGAGCCGCGCUCGUCCCUGUGCCCCGGCCCAGCGCCGCCCUGCCCUGAGCCGGGGCUGUGGGGGGAGCCCGAGGAGCCUCCCGGCCUGAGCGGGUAAAGCCGGGCCCGGGAAAUUUUACAGGCGAGUAAGGUGAGAAGCAGAGCACUGGGACCAUGGCUCUGCAAGAGAGAGGAACCAGCAAUGACAAGCAGGAGCAGAGCUAUAAUCGUGUUAUUACAAUUGUCUUCCUGGCACUCUUCAUCGACUUGUUGGGAUUUGCUCUCAUCUUGCCACUCUUCCCUUCCAUCCUUGAUUAUUACAGCCAGACUGGGGAUGGAUUCUAUUUGUCAUUGCAACGUGGGGUAGACUGGUUUGCAGAGAUGGCUGGGAUACCUCCAGAGCGGAAAUACAACAGUGUCUUGUUUGGAGGUUUGAUUGGCUCCAUCUUUUCCCUCCUGCAGUUUUUCUCCUCGCCCCUCACUGGUGCUGUGUCAGACCACUGGGGCAGAAGGCCUGUCAUCCUGGUGACAGCGAUGGGUUUGAUAGCAUCAUACUCACUCUGGGCUGCCUCUCGGACUUUUGGCGUUUUUCUUCUCUCCAGGAUCAUAGGUGGAAUAAGCAAAGGGAAUGUCAGCCUCUCCACAGCUAUCAUUGCUGACUUGCACUCUCCCAAGGCACGGAGCAAGGGCAUGGCCAUGAUUGGUGUUGCUUUCUCCCUGGGCUUCACCCUGGGCCCCAUGAUGGGUGCUUACCUUGCCAUGCAGACAGAGAAGGGAGAAGUCUUCUACCUUCGUUCAGCACUGUCAGCACUCGUGUUUUCUGUGGCUGAUUUGAUUUUCAUCUUCCUCCUUCUUCCAGAGACGCUUCCCAAGGAAAAACGGGUAAAUGGAGCAUCAGUCUCAAGAUCUGUUUUUUCUGUAAAAAUAGGAUUUUAGAAUUGUUGAAAUACC